AUGAAUGGUAAUCAUAUAUAUUAAUGUAUAUAACAUAAAGAACAAGCUAUAUAUUUAGAAAAAGAAUUGAAAGGGAAUCAAAGAAUGUUUUAUUGUUAGAAUUGCAUUGACAAAAUUUAAUAUCCUCAUAAUUUAUUAUUAAUCAAGGAUGUUGAGGCUUUUAUUCACAAACAUGAAUAGAUAAUCUUAAAAGAAAGAAAAAUAAUUAAUCAAUAAAACUUAGAGUUACUUCUUAGAUUAAAGGAAUAAUUAUUCUAAUUUUAAUCAUAAUUAUCUUAAUUAAUUGAGUAAAAUGUGUAAUAUAUCAAUGAACAGAUUAAAAUAAUAAUUGCAAUAGAUGAAUCAUUAGAAUAAAAAACUAAAGAAGCAUUUUAAAAAAUCAUCUAUGAAAAUUUUGAUAUUGAAAACACUUUUGAAGAAUUAGUUGAUUAUAGAUAAAUUAAAAAGACAAUUGCUUGUUCGUUAAUGCCUAUGUAGACUCUCUCUUUUCAGGAGUAAUAAUAAAAAUUUUUAAAAGAAAUACGAUUAUAAUCUAAAAUAAACUCUUUGGAAUAAAUUAAAGAUUUCUUCAAAUAACAAUAAGAAAAAUAAUUAAUUAGAAAUUAAAGAUGCAAGAUUCAUUAACUUUAAGUUGAUAUUAUUAACAUUACUUCAGAAAAUCAAUAAUAUUUAGGCUGUAUAAAAUGUGAUUUUAAUUUUGUUGUUUAAAGACAUAAUUUAGAAGACUUAAAAGAAUAUUGGAAUAAAUAUUAAAGACAUACAGAAAAAUAUAUUGGAUUUCAUUAAAAAGCAAAUUCCUCAUUAGAAUUAUUAAAUUAACAUAAAAUAGCAUUGAAUUUAUUAAUAAAUUAGUUUAAUUAAUUAAUUGAACCUAAUGAAGAUAGAAUGGAUGAAAUUCAAAAAAAAACAUCAUAUUUAAUAAAAAAAGAUUGGUCAGAUAUGACAAAUGAAGAUAUAUUAUCGAUUGCAAAAAUCCUAAAUAAUUAAAAUAAUCAUUUAAUACUUGAUGAUACAAUUUAAGCAGAAAUUGAAGCAAAUUAAAUUCAAAUUCGGUAAUUUUGCUAGAAUUAAAUAUAAAUGACUGAUUAAAUUAAAUAAUACUAUCAACUUGCAACUAUUAAUAAUGUUAAUUAUACUCAAAGUAUUCUUACAUAAUUUGAUAAUAAAUAAAAAACAUUAGUUGAUGCCAAAAAUUUGAUUUCAGGAAAAUAAUAUGAAUUAAUAAACUCUUUUAAAGAAAAUGAAUGUAAAGCAAUUGCUUUUAGUUCAGAUUCAGUGAUUAUGAUAGCAGGAUAUUUUAAUGGUUUAAUAAAUAUUUAUGAAUUCAAAUUAGGAUUCUUAAAAUUAAUAUAAUAGUUAUAAUAACAUAGAAAUAUGAUUACUUGUUUAAAUUUUAUGAAAAAAUCUAUGUCAUUCAUAUCUGGUAGUAAGGACAUGACUAUUAUUAUUUGGAUGAUAUAAGAUAAAUAAAAUUGGCAAGUAUUAUAAAAAAUAUCUGCACAUUUAGAUUGGGUGGUAUGUUUGA